AUGUCUCUGGAAAUUGAAUCGGCAGAUGUGGUCCGACUCAUAAUGCAGUACCUGAAGGAGAAUAACCUGCACAGGUCGCUGGCGACCCUCCAGGAGGAGACCACCGUGUCCCUGAACACGGUGGACAGCAUCGACAGCUUCGUGGCCGACAUCAACAGCGGCCACUGGGACACUGUCCUCCAGGCCAUUCAGUCCCUCAAGCUGCCUGACAAGACCCUCGUGGACCUUUACGAGCAGGUUGUGCUAGAGCUCAUCGAGCUGAGAGAGUUGGGAGCGGCGCGUUCCCUCCUCAGGCAAACCGAUCCGAUGAUCAUGUUAAAGCAGACCCAACCGGAGAGGUACAUCCAUCUGGAAAACCUGCUGGCUCGCUCCUACUUCGAUCCACGCGAGGCGUAUCCGGAUGGCAGCAGCAAGGAGAAGCGUCGGGCGGCCAUAGCUCAGGCUUUAGCGGGGGAGGUCAGCGUGGUGCCACCAUCCCGUUUGAUGGCUCUGUUGGGCCAGUCGCUCAAGUGGCAACAGCAUCAGGGUCUUCUUCCGCCUGGAAUGACCAUCGACUUAUUCAGAGGUAAAGCAGCUGUCAAAGAUGUGGAAGAUGAGCACUUCCCCACGCAGCUCAGCAGACAAAUCAAGUUUGGUCAAAAGUCCCACGUGGAAUGUUCCAGAUUCUCCCCUGACGGUCAGUACUUGGUGACCGGUUCAGUGGAUGGCUUCAUUGAGGUGUGGAACUUUACAACGGGCAAAAUCAGAAAGGAUCUGAAGUACCAAGCUCAGGAUAACCUGAUGAUGAUGGACGACGCAGUGUUGUGCAUGUGCUUCAGUCGAGACACGGAGAUGUUGGCUACCGGCGCCCAAGAUGGAAAGAUUAAGGUUUGGAAGAUCCAGAGUGGCCAGUGUUUGAGGAGGUUUGAACGCGCACACAGUAAGGGAGUCACCUGCCUUACUUUUUGCAAGGACAGCAGCCAGAUUCUCAGUGCCUCCUUUGAUCAGACCAUCAGGAUCCAUGGACUUAAGUCGGGCAAGUCCCUGAAAGAGUUCCGCGGCCACUCGUCGUUCGUUAACGAAGCCACGUUCACCCCGGACGGCCACCACAUUCUCAGCGCUUCCUCCGACGGCACGGUCAAGGUGUGGAACUUAAAGACAACCGAGUGCAGCAGCACCUUCAAGCCGCUGGGCUCGUCCGCCGGAACCGACAUCACCGUCAAUAACGUCCUCCUCCUGCCAAAGAACCCGGAACAUUUUGUCGUGUGCAACCGUUCCAACACGGUGGUCAUCAUGAACAUGCAAGGACAGAUCGUGAGGAGUUUCAGUUCCGGUAAAAGGGAAGGCGGCGACUUUGUGUGCUGCACGUUGUCGCCGCGCGGCGAGUGGAUCUACUGCGUCGGAGAAGACUUUGUGCUCUACUGUUUCAGCACCGUCACCGGCAAGCUGGAGAGAACGCUGACGGUCCACGAGAAGGACGUAAUCGGCAUCGCCCACCAUCCCCACCAGAACCUCAUCGCCACUUACGGCGAGGACGGCCUUCUUAAACUGUGGAAGCCCUGA